AACCAUUAAUACCAUGCGCUCCUAGUAUAGCCACACACUCCUUUAUCAUCCCAGAGUUUCGCUUCAGAGCGUCUAGGUUCACUACAAACGCCCACCAUGUCCGGCGCUCGCCCACUCCUUUCCAACCGCGCCUCCUCGGACAUAAGCGGGGAUCGCGACAUGGCAGAGGAAGACGCCCUUCUUACCGGCCGUCGCACUGGACACACAGAGAAGGGCGGAUCGCGGCCAUGGAAGUUCUGGCGCGAGAUAGGCCUUUUUGUAUGGGCUGUCAUCGCAACCGCCGCCGUCGUCAUCCUCGCCGUCAUCUUCCAGCAGUCCAACGCCGACUCCCAAACGCCCAAGGCGAGCGGGAAGAGGAACCUGAUUUUCAUGGUCUCAGAUGGCAUGGGUCCCACGUCACUAUCCCUUACACGGUCUUAUAUGCAAUUCAAGAACGGUGCGCCGUUCAGUGAGCAGCUGGUCAUCGACCAACAUCUCAUCGGCCAGUCGCGCACACGCAGCUCUUCCUCGCUCAUUACCGAUUCCGCAGCCGGUGCGACAGCCUUUUCAUGCGCACAGAAGAGCUACAAUGGAGCCAUCUCAGUCACACCUGACCAUGAGCCAUGUGGCACCGUAUUGGAAGCAGCCAAGAAGGCUGGUUACAUGACGGGGCUCGUGGUCACGACACGCAUCACAGAUGCAACACCUGCAUGCUUUGCGGCACAUGUCAACAUGCGCUCAGAGGAGGACCGUAUUGCCGAGCAGAUGAUCGGAGAACAUCCGCUGGGCCGUGUUGUGGAUCUCAUGUUUGGCGGCGGAAGAUGCCACUUCCUUCCCAACUCGACCAUUGACUCGAGCUGUCGUGCAGACGGCAAGGACGUCAUUGGCUUGGCCAAGAAGAAUGGCUUCAGCUACAUCUCUGACCGCGCUGGUUUCAACAAGCUCAAGCAGGGAGCGAAUGUUGACAUGCCCAUGCUGGGACUCUUCGCCGAUACAGACAUUCCGUAUGAAAUUGACCGUCGCAACGAGAACGAUAUCUACCCCAGUCUGCACGAGAUGGCCGAGGCGGCCAUGCGCGCUCUGAGUGAUGCUACGCGGGACAGUGACAAGGGUUUCUUCCUAAUGAUUGAAGGCUCGAGAAUCGACCAUGCAGGCCACCACAAUGACCCUGCAGCCCAAGUGCACGAAGUACUUGCCUACGACCGAGCCUUCAACAGCGUACUCGACUUCAUCAAGCGCGAAAAGACACAGACGGUCAUGGUAUCUACAUCGGACCACGAGACGGGUGGUCUGGCUGUUGCGCGCCAACUUCACACGUCCUACCCAGAGUACGCAUGGUACCCCUCUCCGCUCGCAAACGCCUCUCACUCCGCCGAACGCCUCGCCCUCCUGUACGCCAAACACCUUCUGAGCGGUCCCACGCCUGAUCAAAAAGCCGACUUCGUCCGGGACUCCAUUAGCACCGGACUCGGCAUCAACGACUAUACCGACGAAGAAGUGCAGAACCUGGUCAAGACGCCCGACACAGCUCUAUACCAAUACGCAGACAUGAUGUCGCGGCGCAGUCAAACCGGCUGGUCGACACACGGCCACAGCGGCGCAGACGUGAAUAUCUACUCGUCGGAUCCCAAAGCUGCUUCCGCGCUUGUGGGUAACCACGAGAAUACUGAAGUUGGCGAUUUCCUCCGCGACUACUUGGCUGUGGAUGUGGAGGCGAUUACCAAGGAACUUUUGCAAAAGGGCAAGGGCUUCAUGGUGCAGAUGGUCAAUGAUACCGAGAUUAGCUGGAUUGGAAAGGUGCCCGUCGACGGAGAGAGGUUAGAUGGACAGACGCAUUUGGCGAGUUACUCGGGGGAUCACAAGAAGAGAAAUCUGGGCUCAGUGCAUGGUGACGAUUGUGGAUGCGGGCAUUGAGUUAACAGGGCGUAUACAUUUGCACUGAUAUCAUUUAGCGAUUUUGUCUGCUGGAUUGCUCCGAAUGGCGUUUUGGUUUCUUGCUAGGAUAUUCUCAGGCUGUUUUUACACAUAGGGAUGAGACUACUAGCACGGCGUUUUGCUAUGCUGGAUUUACAAUCAAUUUCUUGUUACCGU